AGAACAGGCCUAUUGAAGGAAAGAAGGAAGAUGGCGUAUCUAAAAUGCGCCUAGCUCUGGCCGCUAAAAUCAGGCCGGUGGCCGCUCUUAUAUCUUUCUCUGGUACUGGUAGUGUAUAUCCGAGCGCAGAUUUGAUCAAUUGGUGCAGUCAUAGUUCAGCAGGAAGCAGUUCUUAUUUGUAUCAGAAUUUGUAGACCUUCAUGUUGAGAAAGAAAGUUACAAAAUAAAAUGCCUAGUUGUGUUGCACAAGAAUGCUCAAAUUCAUGGAAAACUGGUUAUAAAAUGUGUUCUUUUCCGAUAAAAGAUAUAGAAAGAUGUGCAAUAUGGGUGCAUAAUGUUAAUCGCCCAAAUUGGACUCCAUCAAGACAUUCAACGUUAUGCCAGAUUCAUUUUGCUCCUGAAAUGUGGGAACAAUAUAGAACAGAUGGCCUCUUGAAAUUAAAAAGAAAUGCUAUACCUACUAUAUUUAAAACAGUUCCAGAAGAGUUAAUAAUUACAAAAAUGGAAAAUAAAGAUACACAUAUACCUAUAAAAGACUAUACGCCAACUGAGAGCUUACUUAUAAAAAUGGAAAACAGAGAUGACCUAUAUAGAAGACCUAUAGAAGACUUUACGCCAAGUGAGAACUUACUUACACAAGAAAAUUCGUCCACAAUUUAUGAAAAUGAACCAAUGGAAAAUAAGGAUGUAGACCAUGACAUAGAUAUAACUAUUGAAAAUAUAAAAAUAGAAGAUGGAGAAUUUGUGCAACAUACACCAAAUGAAGUUUUAAAUUCGUGCCCUAGUUGCUUACAGAAAGAAAAAAAAAUGGAAGAAAUGUUUAAAGUUUUUACAAAAGUUGAUCGUUUGCACAGACAUGCAAAACAGAAACUUUUAAUUGCAAAACGUAAAAUAAAACUUCUACAACAACAAGCACUUACUUCAAAUACACUAGUAGCAAAUGUUAAGAAGAUUUUAGAUGAUAGCCAAGUAAAACUUUUGUCAGGCGAAUUCAAAAAGGUUCCAAUAUGGUGCGCUAAUACUAUACAAAAAGCACUGAAAUUAAAGUUGGCAUGUGGAAGUACAGGUUAUGAAGAAUUGAUUCGUAAUUUUCCUUUACCUUCGUUACGAACAUUAAAUAGGAGAAUAAAACAUAAACCUGAAUAGUACUAUUUUGUAUGAUGUUUUUGACUCUGAGUAUUAAAAUUUGUCUUUAAAAAUAAUUUUAAUAAUUAUUGUAUGCUAUCCUUGGAUAUAAUGUUCAAUAACGUUUAGCUAUA